AUCUGUGCAUGGCCUGUUCCCGCUCUAAAAUUUUGGAACUGAGCGUUACAGGGCCAGAUAUUAAUCCAUUCGAAAACCGAUCACUCCUGUCGAGUAUACUUCCUGUCCACUCGGAAGUGAUUUGACGGGCAUUUCUGGCUUGAUAGAUAUUCCUGCUUUACAAACACUCUCUUUCUCUUUCUCUCUCUCUCUUUCUCAAUAACACAGCAGACCAAAAACCUUCAAGAACGUUGGUCUAUCUAGCUCCAAUCCAAUCCAAUCUUUCUUUUCCGGCCGCAAGAAUUCAGUCCAGUUUAUCAGCAUGACCGUGAGCUUCUUCUUUGGAGUGCUCGGCAACGUCACCACCGGCCUAAUCUAUCUCGCUCCUGUGAAAACUUUUUGGCACAUCCUGAAGCGGAGAUCGACUGAGGAGUUCGAGAGCAUCCCGUACGUGUUCAAGCUGCUCAACGCCUACUUCUGGACUUACUACGGGAUUGUGAAGCCUGACAGCGUCGUCGUCGCAACCGUCAAUGGCUUCGGCGUUGUCGUCGAGAUCAUCUUUGUCGCCAUUUUCCUCCUCUACGCUCCCCCCAGAAUGAGAUAUGUCAAAAAUGCAGAAGAGAACUGCAAUACUCGCGGUCACCUGCGAUGUGAUGUUCCCAGCAGCCGCAAUCUUAGUGACUCAAUUGACCUUGGACCGUCAGAUGCAGAUCACUGUUGCUGGCCUCUUGAGUGCUGUCUUCAGCAUGGUCGCCUAUGGUUCACCUCUCUCUGCCAUGAAAACAGUGGUGACUACAAAAAGCGUGGAGUACAUGCCUUUCCUCCUCUCCUUCGCCCUGUUCAUCAAUGGCGGCGUUUGGACUGUUUACGCCAUCCUCACCCAGGACUACUUCAUCGGAAUACCAAAUGGGACUGGGUUCGGACUCGGAACAGCUCAGAUGAUUCUGUACGCAAUGUACUACAAGCCCAGGACCAAGUCGUCGUCGGCGGAGGACAAGGUGGGGCAACCAGACGAGCCUCUCAUAGAUCCAACCUCCGUUCCUCAAGUAGUAGUAGCUCAGGAGAAAGAUUGACAGAUGCCUCAAUCAUUUUUAUUUUUUUUUGGGCCUAGUUAGGUCAAUCAUAUCUGUUUAAAUUUUUCCCAAUAGAUGUAGCUGGUAUGAUUGUGAAUUUUUUUGGGACGUGAGUGUAAUAAUGUACUGCAGCUAAGGUAAGGCACGUCUUGCAUCAGGGCCGACAUUAGGUACACGCCCUCCAAUAAAUCUCCGCCGUUCACUGCAACUUAUGCAGAGAGAGAGAGAAAGGACCCACCUCGAGUCAAGCUAUGUCAGUGUUUCUGUCUGAGUAGGUAAUCUUUUUCUUGAUUGAAAAACAAGAGUGGCACAGUAACUCUAGUUUAACGUACUUAAUAUAGAAAGAGUUCUUCCAACUUCCAA